AUGCAAAAAUUCUUCAUCCCUGGGGCUCCUGGCUCCGCCCCGGGGGAGGCCCGGGGGCCCAGGGCCGGGGUGGAGGAGGAGGAGGAGGAGGCAGGCUCUGCCCCGCCAGGCAGCCGGAAGGAGGCGAAGAGGGCCAGGCUGGAAGCGUCCCCCUCGCCAGGCGCUCCAUGGAAGCCAAUCCGGGCAGAGGGACUCAGCUGUGACUAUACCACCCUCUAUGGCAGAGCCGAGGCGGAUGAAAUCUUCCGGGAGCUUGAGAAGGAAGUGGAGUACUUUGAAGGUGAACUUACCAAGCUGCACAUCUUUGGGAAAUGGCACGACAUCCCAAGGAAGCAGGUGACCUACGGGGAUGCUGGGCUAACCUACACUUACUCCGGUGUCACCUUUUCACCCAAGCCGUGGAUUCCGGUGCUGAAUCGCAUCAGGGACCGUGUUCGGCUGGUCACUGGGCAUACCUUCAAUUUUGUUUUGAUAAACAGGUAUAAAGAUGGCCAUGAUCACAUAGGAGAGCACAGGGAUGAUGAGAGCGAGCUGGUUCCUCGCAGCCCCAUUGCCUCCGUGUCCUUUGGUGCCCGCAGGGACUUUAUCUUCCGCCACGGGGCUUCUCGUGGCAAAAACCCCUCCCGCCAAAUUGGGCCAGUCAAGUUGCAGCUGGAUCAUGGCAGUCUGCUGAUGAUGAACUUUCCAACCAACCAUUACUGGUACCACAGCCUGCCCAGCCGCAAGAAGGUGCUGGCUCCCAGGAUCAAUCUAACCUUUCGGAAAAUCAGGACUCUUUAGCUCCUGGGGGCGGGGGGGCAAGCAUCUUUUCCUCCUCUCCCUUUUGGUCACUUGAAGGAACACCUUAUUUCUCAUGGGCUGCAGCACCAAGCGUGGCAGGGGUUUGCUGGUCCCUCUUCUUGAACCAAAGAUAUCCAGACUCAGAAUUGGGCUGUUUGACUACAAGUGGCUCUGCUUGCAUGACCUGAUGCAUCCCCUGGCUACUGGGGUCUCUAACGAAACCAUAUAUGUGGCUGUGGUUUGCCACAGAUGCAUUCAUUCACAAAUCAGCCAGUCACACUUUACCUUGGAUGGCUGCGUGAACCUGGCCCAUGGCAGAGUGUAUCCUGUGAACCAAGAAAAUUGGGUUAACUGAAUAAGCUUAUGGGGAAGCACAUAGCACAAACAUAAGCAUGCAUUUUGGGAAUACCUUAGUCUGCAUGCUGGUUAAGGAGCGGAUCAAGAUUCAUGGCCCUUCUCUAAGACAGCACUAGAGUAGUGGAAGUGUGGAGGGAUGGAGGAACGUUAUUUUCCUGAGGAAUGGUGGGACAGAGCUUGUCCUGAGUCAAGGAAAGUGUCUCUGUACCGAGGUUGCUCCAAAUGCAGGCAUGCUUCUGCCCUGGGGGCAGCUAUGUCCUGGAGAUCCCCAAGCUUGGAGCCAGGGAGGGACUUGGGUGUUCCCAGGGCCUAUACGUGCUUUGCUCCACUCAUGUUUCUGCUCAAACAAAUUUGGGCAGGGGUGAAUCUACAAGCAACAGGCAUGAGGUCUACGAACUACUGUGUUUUUUUUGUUUUAUAUAACCUGAAAUAAAUAAAA